AUGGGUAUGAUCUGCAACAGAGUAGAACACUUCGAAGAAUCCACCAUGAAAAUCCAAACUGAGAUUCCUAUUCAUCAAGUUCGUUUACCACCGCAACGAACUUCACUCAAAAAACUCAAACAAAGACUCUCUGAAAUAUUCUUCCCUGAUGAUCCCCUACACCGUUUCAAAAACCAACCGUCCUUCACCAAGUUUCUUCUCACUCUCCAAUUCUUGUUCCCCAUUUUUCAAUGGGGCUCCCACUACAAUCUCAAACUCCUCCGUUCCGAUAUCGUCUCCGGCCUCACCAUUGCUAGUCUUUCCAUCCCUCAGGGGAUAAGUUACGCGAAACUAGCAAACUUGCCGCCUAUUAUUGGUUUAUAUUCAAGUUUUGUGCCACCAUUGAUAUAUGCUCUGCUUGGAAGUUCAAGACAUGUUGGUGUUGGACCAGUUUCAAUUGCAUCAUUAGUUAUGGGAUCAAUGUUGAGUGAAAGUGUUUCUUUCACUAAAGAUCCUACUAUUUAUCUUCAAUUGGCUUUGACUGCAACUUUUAUAGCUGGUUCUUGUACUUCAUGCUAUGUCACGACAGGAUCGUUUUCUUGA